UCUAACCUUCCAGCGUGACAGACGCGUUCAAAGUCAAAGAGACAAAUAAACUCUCGAUGUGAGAACCCACUGUGGACAUUAAAGGAAUUAACCUGACGAGAAGGAUUUUAUUUUUUACAAACGCAUCGAUUCUCGUCAUUACCAGAAGGGAAAAUAUGGAGUUUUCCAUAAUUUUGCGACUUCUCGUCUUUGUCCUUGCUGUCACAUGGGUGAGCGGUGCGUCCAUCGAGAGGUUUGAGAGCGAGAGUCCUGCACAGACAGCUGUGAUAGACCUUCUGGAGGUAUUGAAUGAACGGAGAUCUUCUGAGGAACACAAGCAAGUGGAAUAUGAGGAGGAAGAUGAUGAGUAUUACUACAAUGAAGACGAAGAGGAGGACGAGUUUUCUGGAGAUUAUAAUGUUCCUUUAGUUGCGUUUUCAAGCAAGCCGAAAGAUCAGAGCGCGGUGUUGGAUGCAGAAAGACUUGACGGCUCGAGGAGGAAGGGUUUAGGAAGGAAGAAAGGAAAAGGAAAGGGAAAAGGAAAGAAGAGAAAUCCGUGUCUGAUAAAAUACAAAGACUUUUGCAUCCACGGAACUUGCAAGUACCUGAGGGACAUAAAAAAACCUUUGUGCAUAUGUGACCCGGGCUACUCUGGGGAGAGAUGUCACAGUUUCUCCUUAGAAGUUAGGACCGAAGAGAGCGGGUACAACCGCACGACGGCGCUGGCUGUGGUGGCCGUGGUUCUUUCUACUCUAUGUCUCACCAUCAUUGGACUCCUACUAGCUCUCAGGUUUCACAAGCGAGGAGCUUAUAAUGUAGAAAACGAGGAGAAAAUUAAACUGGGAGCUGCCCCCCACCACUAAGAGAGAGCGGGUGACUGUGUGGAAAUUCUACCUCAAAAUAAAGUGGCAAAGUUGAUGUUGUGAGGAACACACAGCAUGCUGGAGAAAAGGGGUGAGUGAUGCCGCUUGUUUGGAAGGAGUCAAAGCUAGUCUAUGCGAAGCCUGAUCUCUAGCUCAAAACCUGCCACAAACUGGAACCCUGGCAGACCGGAUGGUUCUGGAAGAAGCUCCGAGCUGGCCGGACAUUUUAGUUCGAUGCAUAAAAAUGAACUGCCCAGAGUUAGGAAUGUAGUUUGGGUUUUUGGAGGCGAAGCGAGUCUCGCCCGAAAUAAGUAUUCUUAUAAGCAUUUGUGUUGUGUUGUCUUGUGAACUCUGUUUAAUCGUCUGGCAAUGCUUUAAUUUAUUUAUUUAUGUAUAUAUUAACAUAUUUAUUUGGAUUUGAAUGAAGUCCAGUCCUAAUGCACUGCCGUUAUGUUUGAAAGUCUCUGUUGUGUUUUAUGUGUAUGUAAAACUUUAUUUAUUAAAAAAAGCAAUAUUCUUAAGUAAUAUUCAAGAGUACUGAACAUUAUUAGACUGAAAAUCAAAAUAAAAGUAUAAUUAUGUGCAAAUCAUUUUGAUAUUUUUGAUGCAUUUAAUGAAGAUGUUUGGCAAUAUUUGUAUUAUUAUUUUAAUCUCCAGGACAGUGUUCGAAUGUAUUUAGUAAGUCAUAUUUCAAGCUCUAUAUUUCUUCGGUUUAUAAUAGAGAAAAAAAUUAAUUGUUUGGCCAGUAAAACGCACUCUGUAAAACAGUGUGAAAAUUCUGAAAUGUGAAUUUAAUGUCCUAAACACAAAAUUGGUGUUCUUGGAGCAGUCUGCUUUUUGUUUCCUUUUUUUAAGAAUCCCAUUGUUUUCUCACUCAUAUGUAGUAUAUUAAAAUGCUGAAACUGCAAAUGAAUUGGAAAAUAAAUCUUUUUGAUAUAAAAGCCCAA